GCUGCUGUGUGUGAGGUGCCACAUCGAAACGGAAUAUAAGUGUCGGAAAAAUGAGCAUCCUGCCGCUGAUCCUGCUGGAGUUGUUGGUCUUUGUGUCUUGUGCUCCUCCGCGAUGUGACCCAGGAAUUCGAGGACUGUGCAGGCCAGCAGUGGAAGAAAAACCCAAAUGCACCGAUGUCCUACUGUCCUACUGCGAUGACAUGCCCUACGUGCAAACCAUGUUCCCAAACAUCCUCGGGCACAAGACCCGUGAAGAGGCCGAGGCAGGCGCCGAGUACCUGCUCAUGAGCGUGGCUGAGUCUCUGCUCGGUUCAGAGUGCAACCCUGAAAUCCGUAUGCUGGGCUGCUCGGUGUUGACUCCACGCUGCGAGAGGGAGAAGGUGCUGAAGCCCUGCCGCACCACCUGUGAGGCGGUGCGUAAAAGAUGCAGCCAUGCUUUUGAUGCGAUAGAGAUGGCUUGGCCCUACUUCCUGGACUGUGAUCGCUUUUUUGUCAGUGACCAAGAAGGAUGUUAUGACCCACUGGAAGGCCUCAAAGACCAGGAUUUGGAGGCUGUUGACAGCAUGGAGAUUUUUCUUCAUGAGGAUCCCGCUAGCUCGAUUCAGUUCAAAUAUCACUCCAACGCUCAGAUGAUCAGUGUCUUGAAGAAAACCGAGGAACAAUGCUCCGACAUAGCCAAGACCUACAGCAUCGGACGCAGCAUGGAGGGCAGGGAGCUGCUCGUGAUCGAGUUCUCAAACAACCCUGGCCAACAUGAACUGCUCGAACCAGAGAUGAAGUACAUUGGCAACAUGCACGGGAAUGAAGUCCUGGGCCGCCAGCUGCUGAUCUACUUGGCUCAGUACCUGUGCUCAGAGUAUCAGCUGGGGAACGAACGCAUCCAGACCCUCAUCAACACCACCCGCAUCCAUAUUCUGCCCUCCAUGAACCCUGACGGAUACGAGCUGGCAGUUUCUGGAGGCCAGGACAAUAACGACGGUGAUGAGGAGGGUCAUCAAUAUGACACUUGGAACGUCGGUCGAAACAACGCUCAGAACAUCGACCUGAACAGAAACUUCCCUGACUUAACUUCCAUCGUUUACAACCGGCGCAGACAAAAGGGCUACCGCACUGACCACGUCCCAAUCCCAGACUAUUACUGGUUUGGUAAGGUCGCACCAGAGACGUACGCUGUCAUGAAAUGGAUCCGCUCCAUCCCGUUUGUGCUCUCUGCUAACUUCCACGCCGGAGACCUGGUGGUGUCGUACCCCUACGAUCUGUCAAAGCACCCUCUGGAACGCAACAUGUUCUCCCCAACACCGGACGAUCAGGUUUUCAAGUUUCUGGCCAGGAUAUAUGCAGACGCCCACGAAACAAUGUCCAGUGAAAACGCCCAGUGUGGACCGUCUCGUACUCACGGUCAGAAAGGGAUCAUUAAUGGAGCACAGUGGGCGAGCCUUGCAGGAGGUAUGCAAGACUUCAACUAUCUCCACACCAACUGUUUUGAAGUGGCCGUGGAGCUGGGUUGUGAUAAAUUCCCCCCUGAAGAGGAGCUGUACAUCGGCUGGCAUGAGAACCUCGAGGCUUUGCUCACAUUUAUGGAGGCAGCCCAUCGUGGUAUCAAAGGCAUUGUAACAGAUGAGGAGGGAAAUGGGAUAAAAGGUGCACGGAUAUCAGUCAGAGGGAUACGGCACGAUAUUACCACAGCUGAAAAUGGCGAAUACUGGCGCCUCCUCCACCCUGGCAUCCACAUCGUGACCGUCUCGGCGCCCGGCUACACCCGAUCCAUGAAGAAACUCCGCCUGCCUCCUCGCAUGCUCAAAGCAGGCAGAGUGGACUUUGUGUUGCAGAAAGCUGCACCAGAGCCUGGCGUGGAGGAGGAGGAUCACACCAUCCUGUCCAUGGGCACCUAUGAUCGCUUUGACCCUUAUAACCAGUAUGAGCGCUACACCCUGAUGGCUGAUUUGAGCCAGGUCCGUGAGGAGAGAUCAGAAAAACCCUGGUGGUGGAGCUACUUUGUCCUGCCAGGUGAACCUACACCCACCUGGCUGCUAAAACACUAUUAGAUCUUUAAUGAGAGGAGUAGUUUCUCUUCAUGCAACAUACACACAAGCCAUGUGCUGCUUUAUUUUGUUGUUACACAGCAGAAAUGUGUAAAGUUAGCUGGCUGGCCUUCAUGUUAACUUUCACACUUGUACCAACAAGUGCUCAGCGUGUUCAUAGUGAAACCAAGUGCCUUUAAUCCACAGUGAGAGUCAGACAGGAUUUUGCUGAGGGCUUUAAGCCUCUAAGCUUUUGCCUUUACAAUCAGACAGCUUCAGUAUACAACCAUGAUGAAAUGCAAGGAUGUUAAAGACGCAUAUUUGUAUUUUCCAACAGUAUUACAGCAGAAAUAAAGAAUUUUUAUAUGGUCACAAUAUGAUUCCUCCCAGCUACAUAUAACCUAAUAUAUCUUCUUAACCUCACAUUAAAGGUUUUUUUUGG